ACAUCUUUGAAUGGGGAGGAAGGGUUGUAUCUGCAGAGGGUCCAGGAGGUGGACCACAGGAACCUCAGUCCUGGUUCUGGUCCAGCCUGUUUCUAGCAUCUGUGGCUCUGAGCCAGCCUGCUGGUUCCCUUGGUAACAGGCCUUCUGUCAUCCCUCAGGUGAUCCGUCAGGGCCGCGGAGAGAUCGUCCCAUGGCGUCAGCCCUCAGAGGAGGUGGACGCCAGGAACUACCUGCCCUGCCCCCUGUGCCUGGGCUUCUUCCUGCGCGCUGACCUCUGGAAGCAUCAGGUGACCUGCAGGAAGAAGCUGUCCAUCGACUCGGCAGAGGAUGGCGCCGACCCGUCUGUCCCUGCCUCAGGACAGUCAGCUGACCCAGCCUGUGGCGAUAGUUCUGGAGAGGCCCCGGACCCGAGCUCUGAACAAGACGACACUGCGGCCAUGGUCACUGACCCCGAGCCGGAUCAGAACCAAAACACAGCCCAGAACCAGCCUAAGAAGCGGGCCCGGGUCCAGGCGGCGGCGUCCCGCCUGCUGCCCAUCUCCGGCGGUGCGUCAGAGAGCUGCAGCGAGAUCCUGCACCGCAUGAACCAGGACAGCGUCUCCCACGAGGUGAAGUCCGAUUGGCUGAUCUGUCGCUACGGCAACAAGCUGAUGGGAAGCCAAGACGGCAGCCAGCGGAGCUACGAGUACGUCAGCCAGAAGCUGCGGGAGCUUGGACGCCUGCUGCUGGCAGCCAAGUCUCUGGACUCGCAGGUCCGGUCCCUGCAGGACCUGCUGGUUCCGGGUCGGCUUAGCCUGGCGCUGUCCGCCGCUAAGAAGGCGGCCGGGUACCGCUGGAGCCGGCCCCCACUGGCGGUGAAGACCACUCUGAAGACGGUCUGCGAGGUGGCCAUCUCUGAGAGUCUGCAGGACGGAGACUGGGAGGCUGCCGCCAGAACCACCGACUUCUACCACCUACUGGGCCGGGAGUGGGACAACCUGGGCCUGCAGAACCCCCGUCCAGAACCAGACGGAGCCAAGGGAGGAACCAAAGCCAAGAAACGAGUCGACUCGUUGAGAACCUGCAAGGACCUGAGACCGGAUGUUCUCUCCAGGUUGGGAACCCGACCCGAAGUCCCCGUCAUUCUUCCAGAAUCCAGACCUCUGAACCUGCUCCCAGCUCCCGGGUCUCCCAGGAAGGUUCGGCGCCGGCCCUGGUCGCCUGCGGAGAAGGAGGCCAUCUGGAGGCAGCUGGGAGUCCAUGUUCUGCUGCAGACGGUACCGGGGAAGGAGGUCUGCCAGCGCUGUCUGGACCAGGAACCGGUCCUCAAAGGGCGGCACUGGAAGGACAUCAAGAACCAGGUCCACAACCAGAUCCAGAGCCAGAAGAAGCAGCAGUUCCAUGCCCAGAUGGACCAGGAGGAGAACCAGAACCAAAAGAAGCAGCAGCCUCAACUGGACCAGCAGAACAAACAGCCCGCCCAGAACCAGAGCGACCAGAACUCUCAGUACCAGAACCAGGAAGCUGCUCAGAACCAGAAGAAGCAGCUGGAGCAGCAGAACCAGGUUUACCCUCCCAAGAAGCAGCUCUUCCAUCCCAGACUGGACCACCAGAACCCCUGUGAGGUCCACAAGAAGCAGCUGUACCAGAUGGACCAUCAGAACCAGCCGCUGCAGGCCCAGAACCCGUCGGUAAUGCCGCUUUCUCCUUACGGGCCCGAUGGCCCGCUCCGAGCUCACGGAACCUCUCUGUUGGAGCGGGAACCAGUUGUGGGGCCGUACCCGGUUCUGCACCAAGCCCCGGGUCCACACAUGGAACCGCUCCUCACCAGAACCGACUGGACUGCUGAGGCUUUGGUCCAGAACUACCAGCUCAACAGGCCAAUGGACCGGAACCUUCUCCAGGAGGUUGGACCAGGAGGACCGGACCCACAUUCUGGACACGUCCGGUUCUGAUGGACUACAGCCAGACCACAGCUCCACGGCAGGAACAGAUCCGAAAAGAACCAGAUAAACUGCAGCAGAGGACGGAGGAGUGGUCUGAACUGGUUCUGGAGUUUGGACCCAGUUGGAGCUUUGGUUUCCAGAACACGCAGCAGACAGAGGAUCCCUGAACCAGAACUGGACCAGCACUGCUGGUAAUGCUCCAGAACAGAACCACUGUCAGCCAGGAGUGUGACUUGGUUCCUAAACCUUCAGAGCACCAGUUCUGCUUCUUAAGCUGCAGGGUCCAGAACCACCCUGGAUGCUCUGUAGAACCAGCCACGGGUCUAAAACCAGAACUCACCAGAAGGUUCUUUCACCGGUUCUGAAUAUGAAUAAACUGUAACAGAACCGGUCUGAAUCAGUCUAGUUCCAGAUAGAUCCUUGGUUCUGAUCCAUACCCUUGGUUCUGGUCAAGAUCCUUGGUUCCAAGUCAGAGCCUUGGUUCUGGAUCACAGCCUUGGUUCCAGGUCAGAGUCUCGAUCCUGGAUCAGAGCCAUGGUUCUGGAUCUGACCUUUAGUUCUGGCUCAGAUCCCUGGUUCUGAAUCAGUCUUGUUCUGGAUCAGAGCCUUCGUUCCAGAUCAGAGCCUUGGUUCAGGUCCAGAUCCCUGUUUUCUGGUCCAGAGCUUUGGUUCUGAAUCAGACCUUUGGUUCUGGUCCAGAUCCUUGGUUCCAGGUCAGAGGCUUGGUUCUGGUCCAGAUCCCCGGUUCCAGGUCAGAGCCUUGGUUCCGAAUCAGAGCCUUGGUUCAGGUCCAGAUCUCUGGCUCUGGUCCAGUCCCUUGGUUCUGGAUCAUAGCUUUGGUUCCGGGGCUAUGAACCAGGUCAGUGGUUGGGUUGGUUGAAGCAGGAUUUUGUGUGAGGCCGGUACCAAAACCAGGAGAGGCUGGUUCUGAUAAAACAAGCAGUACAUUUCAGAAAUAAAGUGGUUCCUGAAGUUCUCCGUCAGUUGUACCCGUCUGGUUCUUCAUCAGGUCCUUAUUGCUCUCCAGGUCUGGCAGAAGGUCUAAGGUUCUGGGUCAGAUGGUCUUAGAUCCAGAAUGUUCCUGUGAGGUUCCUUAAAGGUUCUGUUCCUGCUUGGGCCCAGCCCUGCACGUCUCUGGUGGUUCUGGAUUGACCUGCUUCACCUCCUUUGAAAGGAUCCUCGGGAUCAGUGACACAGCUGAAGCAGACAGCUGUGUCACUGCUGUUUCCUCCAUCGGUCACUAGGUGGAGCUAGAAGCCUCUGAAUGGCAGAGGCUAACUGAUCAGAACUAUUCUAUGCAGGCGCUCAUGUUAUUACAAUGAUAAUCUGUAUUUGUUUUGGUCUAGAAAAGCUCAACUAGAAGGUGUCCUUAUCCAAGGUUCGUAUCAUCAUCAUGUGUGUUGAAAGUCAGGUGGGCUUCCUGGACUGAAGGUUUUUCUGACACUCUGGCUUCUCUGAGGGGUUUAGAACCUGGUUCUGCUUCAGAGAGACCAGCGGGUCAGAACCAGCAAGAAGGAGGGUUUUUUCUUUCAGCAGCCAAUCAGAGCAGUUUCUAGGGAAUUAUUAAAUGGUUCUGAAAAUGUUAGAGAGGGGAGAACCGAACGUUAGAUCCAGACUUUAGAACCGGACGUUAGAACAAGACUUUAGAACCAGACGUUAGAACGAGACUUUAGAACCAGACUUUAGAACCGGACGUUAGAUCCAGACUUUAGAACCGGACGUUAGAACAAGACUUUAGAACCAGAUAUAGGGGUUCAGGUCUCUGAGGACCUGACUUAAUGAGAGAUCCAUAUGGUUCUGACCCGGCCAGCAGCUCAGUUUAGACCCAGAACAAUUUACUGCUUCCUAUGAAAUCAGUUAUUUGGCAAACUGAGACCUAGUGGAGGGACCUGAGGGUUGGUUCUGAUGGGAUCCAUGUUCUGGUGGACCAACCUGGUAUCCAUCAGCCCAAAGAUCUUUUACUGAUUGGUUUUCCUAAACAUUAAAGAACCUUUGCCUGAUCUUCUCUAAGCUGGGGGAGGUUCUGACCCGAUCCCUCAGUACCUAAUCCACAACCUGUGUAUCUCUGACCCGUUCUGUCAGUACCUGAUCCAGAACCCAUGAAUCUCUGACCCGUUCCCUCAGGGUCUCAUCUAGAACCCGUGGAUCUCUGAACUGUUUUCUGUACAUUAGAGGCUUAACUGGAACCUACAUUCUAGAAGGUUAACAUGUCUCUAAAUGGUCCACCUCCAGGA